GAACGGAGGAGAGGAAGGAGGAGGAGGAUGGAACGGAGGAGAAGGAUGGAACGGAGGAGAGGAAGGAGGAGAAGGAUGGAACGGAGGAGAGGAAGGAGGAGGAGGAUGGAACGGAGGAGAGGAAGGAGGAGAAGGAUGGAACGGAGGAGACUGACGCACCUGUUGAUGAACCCACAGCCCAUAACCCAGAGACGCAGCUCCCCUCCUCUCCCAUCCCCUCUCCUCCCUCCUCACCACCAUGUAAAAGACGAAGGUCACUAAGGACAAGGGAAAAGCCUAGAUCCCUACACGACUGUUUAUUAUAAGGGCAGUACUUUAGACAGAGUGAAAAAUAAGAUUUCUGACAACAAUGUUAAUUAGGCUGCUUUUUAAUGGCCCGAGGAACAGAGGACAACAUAACCAAGCCUAAUGUAAAACAAUUCAUACUAGGCUUGUUAUGAAAUCAUAAUAGCAACACAUUUUGUGAAUUAGUGGUGAUUUUGAUAAACCAUGCCUCUACAUUAAUUUGCCCUCGGGAUUUGGUUGCUUUCCUGUAUUCCAAUGAUUUUUUUUGUUGGCUAUUGAAGACUUGCAAUGUCUAUGUUUAAUGUACCUGCUAGUGCUUACUGAGCUAGCUAACAAUCCUUGUUGUUAGCUGGUUACUGUGUGGCAAGAGAUUGAGAUUAGGGUAAAUAGUGGCUAUUGUUUUCUAUAUUACAGUAGUUGCGUAUGUUGGCAAUAGGAUCAUGCACUUCUUCCAGUGUUACCGCACACCUUUCCAAACACUCCAUAUCUAUUUGACUAUACCAAUAUAACUUAUUUGUUUUUUUUGUUAUAGGUUGUCUAGUUAGUCUUCAAUUGAAUGUCAUUGUAAUUUUUGUAGUUUCUAUUCUAUGUAAGCUGCUGUAUGGGACUUCAGUCGCCAAGGUUUCUUAUUCAGGUACUGAUGGGGAGUGUUUGGGAGCCAGGAUUUAAUGUACUGUCAACUUUCUGAGAAAUGUUUCUCAACAGCUCGGUUUUUGUUUUAUUUGAGUUCCAUAAUGGGUAAAAUAUGCAAGAAAUAUGUGCUGUCCAAUUAUAAUGUUAAAUUGACUUGUAUAUCUUUUUCUAUCACGUUGAAUGUCUUACCCCAACUUCAACUGAAUGGUUGCAGUGUUUUGUAGAGUUUUAAAACAUUCUGUUCUGAAAUUGGGAUCUUAAAGGAUACAAAUAAAGAUCAACGUAUUGGAAUGGUAUGGAGGGAUUUUCUUGGAAAGCCUUCUUUCAUUGACAUAUACAGAACACUCUUACUUGAGUGCUGGAGAGGAAGCAGGGAAGGCACUAUGGCCUACCUCCUCGAGACAGUUGGAUAGUGCUAAUGCGCACAGUAAAGAGCUCGGUUGAAGAAAAGACUACAAAUCCUGUCACAUGGCUGAUGAAACGGAACAGACGGCAAAAACUUCGUAUAACUGUACACAUUAUUCUACAUGGACAAAGACAAGUUCGCUGUGAGCCAUGACUCGUGCUCCUGGUUGGAGAUGCACCAGUUCAUUGGAGACCUGAUGGUCUCUGGGGGGGCUCUGGGGCUAAAAGACGCCCCAACAGCAGCCCCAGGCUCAGCCCAGCCCAGACAGGUCCAGGCCAAGGGAGAGAGCAUUAGAGAGGCUAGAGACAUCAGUGGACAACAAGCUCAGCACCAUACCUGCACUUGCCCUGGCUGCCCAUACUCCUCCUCAUCUUCCUCCUUCCAGACCAUAAAGCCCAGAGGCACUGUGUCCUCACAGCCCGAGCCCAGCAGCACCUACAGCCCAGAGCUCAGUCAGCCCCAGAGUCAGGACAAGGAGACCAGCACCCAGAGCCCCAGCCCAGCCCCUACCACUCCCACUAACCAGGGUACUUCUUCACCAAGCCCCCUGCCUCAAAUCCCCACCUUCCCUUGUUUCUGCUGCCGCCGGGGCUUCCAGACAUGCACCCAGCUACUGCACCACCAACAGGGGGCAGCAGACUUUCCAUUCUCCCAGACGCACACCCACUACCACCACCACUGCCCACUUACCACCUGCCUGCCCCUCCACCACUCCCACCCUGGCCUGGCCCCUGGCACCUUCCCCUGCCUGUCCUGCCAGCAUUCCUUCCCCUCCUGCUCCCAGCUCCUCCGCCACCAGCAGGGCCACAAACCCCCCCAGAACCAUGUUGGAGGGGUGACCACAGUGUCCCCCACCCUACACCCAUGCAUGCACUGUACAGCCUCCUUCCCCCGACCCUCUCAGCUGCUACAGCACCAGCGCACCCAGCACGCUCACAAGGCCGGCGGCUUCCUGUGCACCGAGUGCGGGCGUGCCUUCAACUCUCACUCCAACCUCCGCAUCCACCUCAACGUACACACCGGCUCCCGGCCCUACUCAUGCCCUGACUGCGGAAAGAGCUUCAGCCAGUCAGGAGCGUUGAAGAUCCAUCUGCGCAUUCACACUGGGGAGAGACCCUAUGCCUGUGCCUACUGUGGGAGGGGCUUCCCCCACCUGGCCGGGGUCCGGGCCCACCAAAGGACUCACACAGGUGAGAAGCCCUACCGCUGCACCCAGUGUGGGAAGUGCUUCACCCAGUCGGGGGCACUGAAGAUCCACACAAGGAUCCACACCGGGGAACGGCCGUUUGUGUGCAGCCUCUGUGGGAAGGGCUUCUCCAACCGCUCCGGCAUCCGCUUCCACCAGCGCACUGUCCAUGGGAUGGUGUCGGAUAUGGGCGGGGGUGGAGGAGCCGGUGGGUCCCAUAGGGGGAGACAGAGUCUAGACAGCUCAGCUGCUGUGGGACGCCUCAGUGCCAAUCCAAACAGGAUACGCAAUAACCCCCAUACUGACGUGAGCUCCAGCAUUACUCCUGCCCCGACCAAAAUCCUUUCCCCUGGGUCUCUCCUUGCUCCUCCAGGGUCAGGUCCGACUGUAACCUCAGACAAAGAGCCCCAGUUCCAGUCUAGCGGUGUGAAGAUCCCCUCCAGGAGAGCAGAACCAGGCAGUAGCAGGGAAGGGAGGGCUCAGCUGUACACCUGUGAGGACUGUGGGCUGCGUUUUGGGGACGCUCCCUCCAGAAACAGACACCAAACUCUGGUGCACUACUCUACAGAAGGUGUAGAGGAGGAUGACCUGGGGGACACUGAGGGGGAGGGGUGAGAGAGGGAGGAGGGAGAGGGAGAGAUGGAAGCUUGAUGCAGUAGAUUGUUGGAUCAAAUCAAAGUUAAUUUGUCACGUGCUCCGAAUACAACAGGUGUAGACCUUACAGUGAAAUGCUUACUUACAGGCUCUAACCAAUAGUGUGGAAAAAAAGGUAUGUGUGUGUGUGUGUAGGUAAGUAAAGAAAUAAAUAAAACAACAGUAAAAAGACAUUUGAAAAUAAGAGUAGCAAGGCUAUAUACAGACACCGGUUAGUCAGGCUUAUUGAGGUAGUAUGUACAUGUGGGUAUGGUUAAAGUGACUAUGCAUAUAUGAUGAACAGAGAGUAGCAGUAGCGUAAA